AUGAUAUCAAAAUUUCAUUUUUCAAAUACCCCAAGAAUCACAACUCUAAAUUCUGGCAUCACUUUAUAUACUAAAAGUUUAGACCAUUCUUAUGGUAGUUAUUGCAUAAUGUUCAAAGGAGGUACUCGAACUGAAAACUAGAGAUAACAAGGAUCAUUAUUAACUCUAAAAAUAAUGCAACAUUUAUAAAUAAAGUAUAUAUAUUCUUAUUUUUAAGCAAAUUUUUAUUUGAUUCAUAAUGUCUGGCUGAUUUUACAAUAGGACCAGAAUCUCAUAAUGUUAAUUGUAAGUUUUUGAAUGAAGAUUUUCUGAAUGCUGCUGAAUAUACAUGUAAGGUAGCAUUUCAAAAAUAAAAAAUCACAUAAUAAUUUUAGAAAAUUUCAAAUUAUUUUAGCGUCUCUUAGUAGAAAUACCAUGGCUCAUUAGAUUAAAUUUUAUUAAAGGUUUAUCUUCCAUAAAUAAGUUUAUUAUAUGUAGUACCAGAAAAUGAUCAGUUUGAAAAAUAUUAAACUACUUAAAUUACAAAAAAUAAUUGCAUAAUAGGGUAUUAAGGAAGAAGAAAACAUGAAGAAAUAGUAAAUGUUUUUGAAGAUUUGACAAAUUAGCAUUAAGAAUGUAUUUAUAAUUUUUUUUAAUUUAGUUAUACAAAGAGUCUUUGAUCCUAACUAUCAUUAAAUAGAAAAUUUUAAAAGUAAAACUAUCAGAAUAGAAAAUCAAAUUAGCAGUGAUUUUGAAGUGAUUCUUUUAUUUUAAGGUCCUAAUUUAUAGGAUGAAAAAACCUUGCUUAUAAAUACUAUUCUAAGGGAAAUAUUAGGAAAUUUAGGUUUUUAUAUUAUUAUAUCUAUUAGAAUAAUAGGAUGGAGAGAUUGGAUUCAAAGUAAAAUCGAGAUGUUAUGAUAAAUGUAAUUGUAUAUUUUAUUUUAGUAUUACAGUUUAACAAUUUUUUAACAGAUGCUGGUUGCGUCUCCUAAAGUUUUACUGAUUUUGGAAUUUUUGGGCUUUAUUUAAAAGGAAUGAAUACACAUGUAAAUUAGAAUUUUUACUAAUUAGAAAUAAGAAAUUUAUGAUUUAGCUAUUGAAGAAAUGAACAAAUUAAGAUCUCUAAGUGAUUGGGAAAUUAUUAGAGCAAAAAAUAUAGUUAUUACUAAAUUUUAUACUAAUUUACAAAGAUAGCAUGAUAAACUUAUUUAUGAUUUAGAGAGUGUAUUAAAUCAAUUUAUAGUAGAUCAUAUACUAAGGUAAAUUAAAUUAUUUGGAUGAAUUUAAAAACAAAAUAAAUGAAAUUACAAGAAAGGAAAUUAUGGGUUAAAUAGAUAAAUUAAUUUGUUUUGAUAAAUUUGUGAUUAUUUAUAUAGGUAAAGGUUCUAAUUUAAUGCCUGAUGAAAAGCUGACUAUGAUGAGAAUGAAAUGCUGA